CCCGACGCUCGCAGCCACACUCGGUCGGCACGGAAGAAUCGCACCGUCUCUCCAGUUUGCUUUUGGGAAGGAAGCCACAUAAACAAGUAUGUACAGCUUCAUGGGAGGCGGCUUGUUCUGCGCCGGAGUGGGCAACAUCCUCCUGAUCGUCUCCACGGCAACCGACUAUUGGAUGCAAUAUCGCCACUCCAGCAGCUACAUGCAUCAAGGCCUGUGGCGCUACUGCGUGCCCGGCAAGUGCAUGACACACACCGACAGCAUCGCGUACUGGGACGCCACGCGGGCCUUCAUGAUCCUGUCCCUGCUGGCGUGCUUCAUCGGCAUCGUCAUCGGCGUCAUGGCCUUCAUCCACUACUCAUCCUUCGACGGCUUCGACAAGACCUUCGCCGCCGGCAUCCUCUUCUUCAUUUCCUGUUUCUUCGUGCUGCUGGCCAUGGCGGUGUACACGGGCGUGACGGUCAACUACUACGGCAAACGCUACGGGAGCUGGCGCUUCUCCUGGUCCUACAUCAUGGGUUGGGUGGCGGUGGUGCUCACCUUCUUCUCAGGUAUCUUCUACAUGUGCGCCUACCGCAUGCACGAAUGGUGCCGCGGAACAGGUCCCCGUUGAGCUCCUCGAAGCGGGCCCUGGUGACUGAGGUGUAGAAGUCGACACCCUCGUACAGAGAGUCGAUCUCUAUGCUGGCCUGCGUGCUGGAGGACAAUGUGCGCUUGGCCCUCUCGCACGCCGUGCGCAGACGCCGCACCGCGCGCUUGUUGUCGCUGAUGUCCUUCUUGUGUUUGCGCUUGAACUCUGCGAUGAAGUGGUUGACCAUGCGGUUGUCGAAGUCCUCGCCGCCCAGGUGAGUGUCGCCCGCCGUCGACUUGACCUCGAAGAUGCCGUCCUCUAUGGCCAAGAUAGACACAUCAAAGGUGCCACCGCCCAAGUCAAAGAUGAGGACGUUUCUUUCCGUGCCGA